UCAUUAUGGUGUAACAUACUAUAUUCUAUUGAACAAUGCGUGUAUUUAUUUCACAAAAGCUAACCUACCUAAUCAUCAUUGAAGUUGUUAUAUACAAAGUUAUGAAAAAAUAAAAAAAUUCGAUCCAUAUUAUAAUUUAAAAUAUUAUAUCUAUUUAUUAUACGUUAUGGUGUGUUUAUUUCAAUGGCGUUAGAAGAACAACAAAAAGAAAGCAGUGAUUCCAAAAAUGAAAAUUAUUUACCGGAAAGAAAGGGAGAAGGUUGAAGAAUUUUACCUGUAACCCAUUUGUAUUAAAGGAACAUUUUAUUCAAUGUCAACAUAUAUCUACUGCGAACGCGCAAGAGCGCAGGUACACGUAUAUCCUUUCUCGCAUGCCCCUUCCUUGCGAAAGGACAAAGCGGCUUCGGUUCCCGUUACGGCAGACUUCGGUUGUGGCUCGUUGAAGAAAGGCGGAACAUCAGAAAAAUGUGUGCGAAGAGUAUGCUAAAGGAAUAUAAGAAAUAAAAUCGUGUGAUGAGUGUCUUGUGUAUUCUUAUCGUUCAAAGUGGACAGUCCUAGGUACUGGUGUGAAUCGCGUUCACCGCGCAUGGUCUGUUGAGAAGAACCACCCUCCUUUUUCUAAUUACUUUAAUUACAAAGCGAGCCUAUUUGGCGUGUGUAUUCCGUGUCCCGUGUUUCUUGAGAGAUAUAAGUACAAUAGAAUUCAUCAUAGAAUUCAAUGGACGAAAAUGGCGACUUGAAUUUUAUCAACAAUUAUACUCGUAAAUUGUGCUUUGUGUAUGACCGAUUGAAUAAGUUCUUUUUGCAAUUAUUAAAAUAUAAGUUCAUCCACAAUAAAGAUCUUGUUUAUUCUGUUAAUGAACACGGUAUUUUUCUAAUGGUAUUUUAAUAUUCUUAAUUUAUAAAAAUAUAUUUAAAUCAAAGACGAUCAAAACAAAAAGAGUAAAAAUAGUGAUGAAUUUAGUAAUGUGUAUUAUCGUGCGAAUAACGAAUAGUUCAUGCGGAGGUCCGUUACCUUUGCUAUUUCGUGCGACGUUAAUGCGUUCUUAUUCUCAUCAAAAAUUAAGAAAGCGUAUACCAAUAAUUUAACGGAGAUUUUAAUUGAAUGUUAUUAUUUGCCGCAACAAUUAUGCCAUCCUGUUUGAAAGAUUAUAAAAAAAAGUAUUAAAGAGAAAUCGUGCGCUAAGAAAUAUCAAGUGAUGAACUAGAACGAAGAAGACGAUAGGAAUUCUGGUUCGUUGCAAAAGAAGAAGGAAUCGGAAGACGUGUUCGUGGAAGUGGAAAAGGAACGCGAAGGUGCGACGAGGUAGAGAAAGAAGAGCGAAAGAGAGAAAAUAUCUCAGAGAUGAAAAUCAGUGGAUCGUGAUUCUCUAGGGAGUCGAAUAAGAGGUAGUAAGAGGAGGCCAGCCCGAAUGGGAGUAGCAAAGACUAGAUCGUGGUCGGUUCCUUUGGGUUGUCGAGGUCGUGGCAACGAGGACGAAGGAAAAGAGGACGGCCGUCUAACCGGGUCGUGGAAAAAUCGAGUAUAUAGUGAUUCGGUGCAACGAUGACAACGACAACUGGAAGGUACGGUGCUAUGGAAAUGAGACAUUCAAGAAGCGAGGAUCUACUCGGUGUGAUUUCUGGCUCGCGAUCUCCGAGUCCUAACGUGCCUCUGCCUAGUACCGCUUCCGAGGAUGACCUUAUCGCGGCCAGCGCCCUCCAUGAGGCCACUGACACCACCAUAAAACCAACGUGUCCCUUGUUGUCCUCGAGACCGGCCGGUUUUCCAGCAGAUCGCAUUGAUCCUGAGGAUUCUAUUCGAGAUAUUGUCACCGAAAAUGAUCUCUACAGAUUUGUCUUGUUCAAGCGUCAUUAUGAUAAGUACGUCGCUCUGGCAACUAAAUACGAGGAGGCUAAAGGUGUCGCUUACUACUUGGAAGAACGUUACCAUGAAGUGAAGGCAGAGAGAGAUAAAUUGGAAGAAACCAGGCGAUCGUUGGAGAAGCGAUUGGAGGGUUGCGAGGCGGAACUCCGAGGUAAAGAGGACGAACUAUUUCUACAACUGGAACGUAGUCUUCGUCUGGAAGAAGAAGUAGAGAGAGCUAAGACAGAACGGGAUAAUUGCAUAGCUGCCAGGGAUCGGUUGGAGAAACAACGCGAAGUUACAUUGCGACGUCUACAAAUGCAACUAGCACAAAAUGAGAUCACGAGACAAACUCUUGAACGGGCUCGGCAGGAUGUUGUCAGACAGGCCACUGUUAUUCGUGCUGAACGAGAUGCUCUUGAAAGAGAGAAUGAAGUUUUAAAAGAAAAAUUGCGCAUAGAACAAGGAGAAUUGGGAGAGGAAAUACGUAGACGAGACGAAGGUGUUGCAGCAUUGACUCGAGAAACUAUGACAUUGAGACAUGCAGCGAGACAUCUUCGUGCAGCAACAAUACAUGCCACAUCUUGCCGCCGUCGUCGACGGUGCUCUGUCUGUUUGUAUGCGAGACGCACUUUUGCUGAGGUCGAUGAUUAUCGCGACGAUGGAAAUCUUUUCAAGUGCCUUCAAGCGCCGCUACAGGAUCUACGUACCUGGUUGCGACCCAGCACGUCUGCAACAACAUCGCGUGGACAGAGAACUAUUUCAGUGUUAGCCGAUCAAGAAAUAGGUUUCAUUGAUGAUUCCAGUGUUGAUAGCAGUGCCGGUGGAAGUAAUGGCAGCAAUAGCAGUACAACUAGUAGUAAUAGUGCAUCCGAUGACGAAGCAUAUCCAAGUACUCCUGUUGCUGAAAUAUCACUUUCAUCGGCUAAUUCAAGUGUUCCAGCUACGGCUAGAGCCUUUUCAUCCGAUUCAGGGUUUUCUUCGGAAAUCGGAGAUCGAAGAUCACGAUGUUAUGAAAAUGGCGGUAGUAGCACCAGCAGUAGCAGCGGAAAAAGCAGAAAAAUUAGUGAAUCGCUUAGUUGCAGUGAACCGGAUGAGCAAAGUACAACAGGACUUACUCGGUCAAGAUGGACCUCCUCGUUUCGUAAAUUACUUGGACGGAAACCGAAGACCAAGUCCACAUCCGACCGCUCCUCAUGAAGAGCUUAAGACUGAGAAAAGCACAGUCAUUGUGUUCGAAACACAUAGUGCAAAAUCAUAAAAUUUAGUGCUCCCGCCUUUUUUCGGUUGCGUCGUUGAUUUAUCGAUAUUGUUCGCUUGAUCGGUAAAACAUUCCAAAUGAGUCCAUUUAAGAAUUAAAAGAAACAAUUCGAUACUGCCCGAAUAUUGAUAAUAAUGCAAUCCUGGUUUUCUUCAUAUUAAUAAUAUCGAAUUAAAAGCGCGUUAACAAUCACAGA